UGAGUUUACAGUAUAUGUAAAUGACAGUUGAGCGGGCAUCCAUUCACUGCACAUCGUAAAUCAAACAUGGCCAGAAAAACUGCCUAUAUUUUCACAUUUCUGCUCGUUUUUGUCGUUUGCUUACCAAGAAUACAAAGUGCAGGUUUUCCUUGUGCACCUUCUCAAUUCACCUGCGCCAACCAAAGGUGUAUACAGGAAAAAUGGCGGUGCGACGAUAUGAACGAUUGUGGAGAUGGAUCAGAUGAAAAAGGAUGUUCACCCAUGACAUGUAAUACAGCAAAUGAUUUCACCUGCAAUAAUGGAAGGUGUAUUCGAAAGUCAUGGAAGUGUGACCAAGUUGAUGAUUGCGAUGAUAACAGUGAUGAAAUUGGCUGUCCUACACGAGCAUCAGCUUCCUGCCCUCCUGACCAUUUCACUUGUGCAAACGAACAAUGUAAACCCCUGUCCUUCAGAUGUGAUGGUGAAGAUGAUUGUCUAGAUGGAAGCGAUGAGCAGCACUGCUCAAAUUCUUGCUCAAGCAACCAAUUUCGUUGUGACAAUGGCCGAUGUGUCUCGUUAGAUUUCAGAUGUGAUCAAGAAGAUGAUUGCAAUGAUUUGAGCGAUGAACGAGGCUGUGUCAAUAAAACCUGCAGUCCAUCAGAGUUUACCUGUAGCCUUAGUGGCCGAUGCAUACCUGCUCGCUACAGAUGUGAUGGAAGAAAUGACUGCAUGGAUGGAUCUGAUGAAAAACAAUGUCAAAAUG